AUGAACAUGGCUCAGGGAUCCGUGUCAUUCGAGGACGUGACUGUGGAACUCACCCGGGAGGAAUGGCAGCUGAUGGGUCCCAGGGAGCGGAGCCUAUACAGGGACGUGACACUUGAGAACUAUGGCCACCUCAUCGCAGUGGGGUGUUGCAUUGCCAAACCCCAGGUUAUCCUCAAGUUGGAGCAAGGAGAACCAUGGCCCCUAGAAGUCAAAUUCCUAAACCGGAAGUACACAGGAUAUUAUAAAAUUGAUGACAACAUACAAGAAAUCCUGGAAAAACAAAAGAAGCCUCUGUGUCAAGUAAUAUUCAUUGAUAACAAUGAUAAAACAAUGAGUAAAGAAGAACAGAAAGCACACCUCAAUUGGUAUCAGAGGACCCAUUCAGGGGAGAAACUUCAGUAUGAAGAAUGUGGGAAAUCAUUUUGUACAAGCUCACACUCUAUUCCGCAUUCUGGAGCUUAUGUGGGGUUCAAACUUUACGAAUGUAAUGAAUGUGGGGAAACUUUCUGUCAGAAGUCAAACCUUAGUGAACAUGUGAGAAUUCACACAAAGGAAAAAACUUAUGGUAACAAUGACUGUGGAAAAUCUUACAGGUCACCCCUUAUAGGACAUCACAGAACAGAAACAAAGAUGAAACUCUGUGAAGGCAACGAAUUUGGGACAACAUUCUUCAAGAUGGCAUGUCUCAAAGAACAUUGGAGAAUUCACACUGAGGAGAAACCUUAUGAAUUUAUUGAAUGUAGGAAAAUUUUCUUCACGUCAUCACAUCUCAGAGCACAUCAGAGAAUUCACACAGGUGACAAAUCCUUUGAAUGUAUUGAAUGUGAGGAAACUUUCUCUCACAAGACACACCUCAAGGCACAUCAGAGAAUCCACACAGGAGAAAAACCCUAUGAGUGUAUUGAAUGUGGAAAACCUUUUACCUGUAAUUCAGCCCUAGAAGCACAUCAGAGAAUUCACACAGGUGAGAAACCCUAUGUAUGUGCUUACUGUGAGAAAACUUUUGCCUGUAAUUCAACCCUCAGAUCACAUCAGAGAAUUCACACAGGGGAGAAACCUUAUGAAUGUAAUGAAUGUGGGCGAUCUUUUACCUUCAGUUCAGGUCUAAGAGCACAUCAGAUAAUUCAUACAGGUAGGAAGCCCUAUGAAUGUAGUGACUGUGAGAAAAUUUUUACCCAUAAUUCAGCCCUCAGAGUACAUCAGAGGACUCACACAGGGGAGAAACCGUAUGAAUGUAAUGAAUGUGAGGAAACUUUUGCCCAUAAUUCAUCACUUAGAGCACAUCAGAAAAUUCACACAGGGGAGAAACCAUAUGAAUGUAAUGAAUGUGGGAAAACUUUCUCCCGAAAGUCACACCUUAGUACACACCAGAGGACUCACACAGGACAGAAACCUUAUGAAUGUAAUAAAUGUGGGAAAACUUUCUCCCAGAAGUCACACCUCAGGACACACCAGAGGACUCACACAGGGGAGAAACCCUAUGAAUGUAAUGAGUGUGGGAAAACUUUUUCUGAGAAGUCAUAUGUUAGUGCACAUCAGAGAGUUCACACAGGGGAGAAACCCUAUGAAUGUAAUAUUUGUGGAAAACCAUUUGCCUUUGACUCAACCCUCAGAGUGCAUCAGAGAAUUCACACAGCUGUGAAAUCCUACGAAUGUGAUAAAUGUGGGAAAACUUUCUCCCAGAAGUCAAACCUUAGUGCACACCAGAGGACUCACACAGGGGAGAAACCCUAUGAAUGUAAUGAAUGUGGGAAAACUUUCUCCCAGAAGUCAUGCCUUAGGGCACACCAGAGGACUCACACAGGGGAGAAACCCUAUGAAUGUAAUAUAUGUGGGAAACCAUUUGCCCUUAACUCAUCCCUUAGAGUGCAUCAGAGAAUUCACACAGGUGUGAAAUGCUAUGGUUGUAAUGAAUGUGGGAAAACUUUCUCCCGGAAGUCAUAUCUUAGUGCACACCAGAGGACUCACACAGGGCAAAAACCCUAUGAAUGUAAUGAACGUGGGAAUACGUUCUCCCAGAUGUCACACCUUAGUGCCUACCAGAGGACUCACAUGGGGAAACCGUAGGAGUGUAAUGAAUGUGGGAAAUGUUUUGCCCACUUUUCAACUCACAGAGUACACCAGAGAAUUCACACGGGGAGAAACCGUGAAUGUGGGAAAAUUUUUGUUCGUAAGGCAGCUCUUAGAGUACAUCACAUCAGAAUGCAUACCAGAGAGAAAACCCUAACGCAUCAUGAAUUUGAGAAGUCCUGAAUUAACUCAUACCUUAUUUUAUACCACACAGCAGAGAAACUCUUGUCAUGUAGACUGGAAAAUUGUUUUUCUUAACAUUUACCUUUUCCACUUGGCUCAUACCUUGUUGAAAAUCCAAAUCUCAUUCAUCCAGGUGGGCUGACCAAAGAAUAUGAUGCUAAUGAUAUCUAUUAUAUUUAGUCCUCCCCUUAAACAUCGUAUAGUCUUCCUGGUCCAUGGUAAGUUGGGAUUGAGAUGAUUUCCACAGCAAGUUGGUUUUUGUGUGUUGAAUGUGGUGGAGCACAAGGUCAAAAGAAGCUAGAAUCUGGGUAACUAUUUGGAAUAUAAUUCUCUGCUUCCAGAUUUUCAUCAAGUUGUUUGUUUUUCAAGCAAUAAUUAAGUUUGUUUUCCAUUGAGCUCACAGAUUUGACCUAUUAGUUAAAUGCAUUCUUUUGCUAACUCUCUAUUAGACUGGGAUGAAAUCCUAUUAACACAAUACAUUUCAGAAGAACUAUUAGAAUUCAGUUUUAUUGUAUCUCGGAGACUUCACAUGAGGAAGAAAAUUGUCAACAUCCUGAAUGAUCAGAAGCCUUCAUUACAGUCAGAGACUUUUCAGGGAAAAACACAAAAGCCUUCACAACAAAAUUAAUGGCAUUAAACAUCAAAUAGGAUAAAAUUUUAUAUUUUGAAUAAAUGAUUUUUAACAAAUAUUGAA